AUGGUGUACAACUUCAAAGUGUUCAAAAAGUGCGCCCCGAACGGGAAGCUCACCCUGUACAUGGGGAAGCGGGAGUUCGUCGAUCAUAUCUCGUACGUGGAACCUAUAGAUGGCGUGGUAUUGAUCGACGAGGAGUACGUGCGCGGGCGCAAGGUGUUCGGGCAGGUCGUGUGCACGUUCCGCUAUGGUCGCGAGGAGGAUGAGGUCAUGGGCCUUAACUUCUACAAGGAAUUGUUCCUGGCUUCGGAGCAGAUUUACCCACCGCCCGAGAAGAGGAAAUAUGACUUAUCGAAGACACAGGAGCGACUGAUAAAGAAACUCGGAGAGUCGGCGCUCCCGUUCCGGCUGAGCGUGCCGGCGGGCGCCCCGGGCUCCGUGACGCUGCAGCCCGGCCUCGAGGACGAGGGGGAGCCCUGCGGCGUGCACUACUACGUCAAGCUGUUUGUCGGAGACUCAGAGAUCGACCGCUCGCAUCGCAGGAGCACGGUAGCCCUGGGCAUCCGCAAGGUGCAGUUCGCGCCGGCGCAGGCGGGCCCGCAGCCCUGCACCGUGGUGCGCAAGGACUUCGUGCUCUCGCCCGGGCAGCUCGAGCUGGAGCUCACGCUCGACAAACAGCUGUACAUGCACGGCGAGGCGGUGGCGGUGAACAUGUGCGUGAGGAACAACAGCAACAAGGUGGUGAAGAAGAUCAAGGCCAGCAUCUGCCAGGGCGUGGACGUGGUGCUCUUCCAGAGCGGCCAGUACCGGAACGUCGUCGCCAGCGUCGAGACGCAGGACGGUUGCCCGCUGCAGCCCGGCUCCAGCCUGCAGAAGGUGCUGCACCUGUCGCCGUCGCUGGCCCACAACCGCGACAAGCGCGGCAUCGCGCUGGACGGCCAGCUCAAGCGAACGGACACCACCCUCGCGUCCACCACCCUGUUGCUGGACCCGGAGCAGCGCGACGCGUUCGGCAUCGUGGUGAGCUACAGCGCCAAGGUCAAGCUGUACCUCGGGGCCCUCAACGGCGAGCUGGUCGCAGAACUUCCCUUUAUACUCAUGCACCCUAAGGAGGGCCGCGCCAAGCUGAUGCAGGCGGACAGCCAGGCCGACGUGGAGAUGUUCAGGCAGGACACCGUGCAUCAUCAGGAGAGCGUCGAGGUCUACUAG